CAUGUAAUUGAAAUGCUCCGCUAAUCUAGGGAUUAUUCUCACGGAGAGCAAACGUAUGACAAGACGGCCUGGAGUUUGCUUCGACUCGGGCCAACAACGGUAUUAAAAGAAAGCAUAUCCUACCUCUCCAACCAAAUAGUGUUGACUUCCUAUCUACCUAGUCUAGAUCAAUCCUACAGUCGCUCGUUCACCAUGGCCAUACGCUGGCUUUUGUCACUCGUUUAUCUUUCGGCAACUCUCACAGUUGCACGAGAGUAUUCAUAUUCAGAUGCGGAUCUCUUGGACGCCACUAUCACGAAGAGCGUCACCGAGACCGUCACGAAAUACCUCUCUGAAUGCGGCAACACACAAGUUCCAGAUACGACUCUACCUGACACUACUACAUUUACCAGCACGCUUCAGUCCACUGUUUCUAUCAUCAUCCCAGCCAGUGUGACUGAUGUCUCAGGCGUCGCUCCUAUAGGCCUCAACCCAUCCCAAUCGGGUUUCAAUUUUACAAAUGUGACUCUUUCGCCUACUCCCUCCGUGCUAGGAACCGGUAUACCCACUGGGCUCAAUCACUCUACCCUUGCGAACAUCACGAAGGUUCCUUGCUCUACAGCAACAGUUAUAGUUACAGGGCCACUUAGUAGCUCAGGUCACAGCGGUACUCUCACCAGUCCUGUCCAGACAACAUCAUCCAUUGCGCCCGCCAGUGUGUCCCCAACUCAAGUCCCAAUCAGCGAAUCAUAUAAAUCAGGGCACGUUACAGCCAUGCAGAUACUUUUGGGUGUAGCAGGUAUAUUAUCAGUGUUUGUCGCUGGCUUCCUCUAGUCCCCCAAAGGGAGGAGAUCCCUUUGAAAUAGCCGGGGAUAGGGGCUGGCUCCCGGGCCUAAACCAAGUAUUUUAAUGUUCUCGGCAAGAUAUUCCCACUAUACUUGGUGUAAUGACGAUGGUACUAAUGACGGAUAUACCUAAUUAAGCGUUGAUUUAUAAAUCCAUAGAAAAAAUAUCUGUUCUGAACCAGUCAAAUGUUCUGUGGCACUGAAUAAGGGGUAGAAGCACUAAUGACAACGGAAUACUUCAUGACCAUACGUUAGCAAAAUUAAC